CCUAUUUUCCCCACACAGACAAGUCCUAGUUCUACAAAAAGGACUUGCGAAUGCAAAUGUUUGUGGUUCACGCAUUCUUCACCAAGUUUUCCGGGCUAGAUGUUCGGGUUGAUUAUUGGGAAGCUGGGCUAUGCAACUGUCUUUCCCUCAGCCGACCUUCCUGUUUCAUUUGAAUUCUGAGAUCAUCCACCAUUUUAAUUUUACAGAGAAAUGGGUGUCACGCCCUGAAUUCGUGAAAAUCAGCAGCUAUUUGUAGUUCAUUAUAAAUGGGCGGAGCAGUAGGGAAAGAGGCAGGGAGAGAGGGGAGAGAACUGGGAUUUCACUCCUCAUCCCAUCCAGUACAAGCAGGUUAUUGUUGACAUGAUAUUUGUAAAGAUCCAGCACCCAAUCACCGUCUCCCCAAUCUUAAAUGCUUCUCCAGCUUCUGGUGAUCAAGCACAACAACAAAAAAAGCAUUUUUUAAAUGAGGGAAAACCAAACUACUACAAUGAAUAAAAAUCAGCACUAAGAGCAGGAAAUGGCACCCUGAUCCUCUCAAGACUAUUUAAUUCCAUCUCUGCUCCGAUUCCCAAACAUUAUAUCUCUUUUUUUUAAACUGAGACAAAUAAAAUGAAAUAUUACCGGAGGCACAAACAGUGAUGAUGUGCAAUAACCUGGAACUGCACUUCACCGCCACGGCCUCCGGGCGGAUCGGGCCCGAUGCCCUUGAGGAAGGAUUGACCGCGAUCCUACAACGUGGCCAUGGCAACAGCAGGCCGCGGCGGCCUGUUUAAACGGGCUUCAAACUAAUUUACGAGCACAGAGGUAGAGGGGUUCCAACGGCACGGCAGUGAAAGGUGCAACUGCUCAAAAUGCUUCAGGAAAAUGACAGUUUUGAUGAACUUCUUGCUCAGAAGGAACAGGAAUGGAAGGGCUUACAAACACAACGCAUCCAAUCAUUGGUUACUGCACUUCAAGAUUCACAAGCAAAACUCAAAGAAGAACAAGAAAAAUUUAACAUACUGAAAGAGGAUUUUAUGUUCAACCUAAAAGUACUGGAGGAGCGAGACCGAGAUUUGGAACACUAUGAUGCCAUGUUUGCUCAGUUAAAGGUAACAGAAAGUUGUAAACAAGCAGAGAUCAGUGAGCUACAAAUUCAGAUUGACAAAUUGCAAAAUAUUGUUGCAAAAGAGACAAAGACACGGGAGGAAUUGCAGUUCCAGUGCCAGCAGCAAUUAAAGACACAUCAACUGGAAAUAGAGAAAAUUCGCAGUUCAAAAGACUCUAAGAUUAAUGGUCAGCAGGAGGAGUAUAAGAAACUAAAACAGGAGCUCGAGCGCAAAGUGCAAGAAGUGGAGGCACAGCUUGCUUUGCAAAAACAGGAGUUAUUAGCAGAGUUUGAUGCUGAGAUGAGACAUCGAGAGCAUGACUUCACACUCCGAAGAGAUGAAAUGAAUAAUGUGGUACUUAGCAGUAAGCUGAAGGUGAAACUUCUGUCAAAAGAGUUGGAGCUGCUGAGAGAGACAGGAAUAAAGGCUGCAGAAUCACUUCAGACAGCAGAGAAAACAAACCACCAAAUGGCAAAACAACUUCAAAGAAAAGAAUUCGAAUUAAAAGAUAUAGUUGCCUUAAAAGAUGCCAGGAUAGAGGAACUAGAGGACAAAAUCAAUAGAAUGAAAAUUAACUUGGAAAAUGAAGAGGAAAUGUUCCAACGCAAACAUUCUGAACUGGAUCGUCUUGCUCGUGAGAGAGAUGCAAAGCUUGCUACUGCAAAGCAAGUACACACAGAACAGAUAAGGGAACUGAACAACAAGAUGCGUGAAUUGCAGAUGAGCUUGGAGACAGUUGAAAUGGAGAAACGGCGAAUGGAAUGGAGCCACGCAGAUGCCACAAAGGAGAAAGAGGAUGUUAUUGAGAAGUUACGUGGUGAGCUUUCAACAGUGAAAGUUGGUUGGGAUGGUCACAUAGCACAGAUCUCCAAGGAGACCGUUGCUAAGGACAUACAAAUUAGAAUGUUGCAGGACCAGGAUUCAAAGCUGCGAGCUGAGAUGGCAAGGCACAAAGAGGAUGUGGAAAAAUAUAAACAGCAACUUGUCCAAGCAGCAGAGAGGGAGCGAGGUCUAGAGCAAAUGAAAGUACAGGCAGAGCUGGACUGGCAACAACGCUGUGAGGAGAUAGAAAGAAGUCAGUACCGAAAAUCAGAAGAACUUAUUCAAAGCCUGAGCCAAGCCCGAGACCAGGUUACUGCAGAACUACAAGAAAAAGAGCGCAAACUACAGGAGGUGGAGACAUUGGUCCAGGCAUUGACCCUAGAAAGAGACCAAGCAAUAGCUGCACUGCAGAAGCAUGGUGUUUUUCCAGAACGGGACUCUCAGCCUGUGAAAGGAGAUAGGGAUGAUGCUGAAUUCCCUUCAGAUAUUAUUCAGAACCUCCAACAGCAGAACUUAAACCUGCGAACAGUUAUCACCCAAAUGAGGAAAGAGAUGGAAAUCCUGAGCGAGCAAAUUCCUGCCAAUCAAUCCACGGACAAAUUAUUUGAUGACACAGGAUCACUCAAGAGCCCCAAAGAGUCAUCUAAAGACAUUCUAACCCCAGAAUAUACUAAAUCUUUGGAAGAUGAAGUUCAUGAACUGAAACGGAAGUGCAGAAAGUUGGAAGAACAACUGGAGGACAUUUCAAAAGCUUCAAGCAAAAUCAACGCUCAACCUUUAGGUCCUUCGAUUACUGCAGAUAAUGCCUAUCUCCAGAACCACACACGUACUUUGAAUGAGACUAUAGGUGGCCUUCGUGCUGAAAAGGUCUCAGCAGCUGCUACAGCAAAGAAGUAUGAAGCCAGGAUCGUGCAUUUAGAUGCUAUGGUAACACAGCUUACACAACAGGUGCGCCAGAAGCAGGUUGAAAUUGACCAAUUACGAUACGAAUUAACCAGUCAGCAACAGAGAAGCAGUUCAGAAAUAGGAAGACUAAAUGAACGUAUUGCUGAACUGGAGUUACAGUUGACAGAAGCACGCAGAGAGGCAGAUGAGUAUUUUAAGGGUAACCUUCAGCAAAACUUGGAAACAGUUGCUUUGGGCAAUGAGGUUUCAGCUCUGAAACUGGACUUGGUGAGUGGCCGUGUCCCAGUGGUUGUUGAACAGGAUGAACUUGUCAAGGAGCUUCAAGGAGAAAUUCUUCAAAUGCGAAAACAACUGAUUCAUUCACAAUCAAGUAACAACCCCUCCCAGCGGCAAAACUCUAAUAUAUUGGUUUUACAAGCCAAACUAAAGCAGGCUGCUCGCUAUAUCAGUCAGCUAUCCCGUGACAAACAGCAGUUGAUCGAGAUAGGCAACCGACUCCGUGCAGAACUGGUUAAAUCUGGAUUAAAUGCUUCUCAGCCCUCCGUCACAGUGAGCCAUUCAGACCUACCUUCUCAGCUACCAAGGGAGCUGGCAGAGGAAGCACAGAAUCGUCUGUCUGCUUUGGAACGCCUGCAAUACCAACUCACUACCCAGGAAUUGCAAUAUGCACAGCUGAAACGUUUCAAACAAGUUCCCAUCACUGUGCAGCAGAAUUCAUCAGAGAGUGAAAAUGGCCAGAAUGCUGACAAUGGGAAACCUGGAACAGGAGAACGUACCACAGUUAAGGACCAAGCUGUAGCUAUAGUGAAAACUGCACUCAGCAAAGCAAAGGAAUGUGAAUUCUCAGACAAUGGUCAGUCAUAUCCACCCGCACCAGAACCCAGCCAGUCACAGCCCAUUAUGCACAGUCCACCCACCCAUUCUGAACAACUAAUGUCAUCCUAUGGAGCUGAUAGUUCUAUUCAAGGUAUCUGGAGGAUGUUGGAGGGAGGACCCAGUCCACCUAUAUCUACUCCACAGAGCAACACUGAACCAGAUGAUAAUGAUGAUGGUGGUGUAACGCUUGGGAAUAACAUAGGAUCAAUGCAAGAUAAUAUUGCAUUAAAAAAAGCCGGAAUAGACCCAAGGUACUCCAUACAAGGAACUAAAGCUGCAGUACAGAUCAAGGCAAAACCUUAUCGUCUAACUGGUACAGGAACAAAACAGAAACAAUCAACAAAAACUGCAAAGAUUAGAAAUUAUAAUCUACGCGAUUAAAAGACAGUGUGAAACUAAGACCUGAAGCAAAAAGUAUAAGGUGUUACAAAUACCAGAUGAGAUAGCUUUCUCAUACUGAACACUAAAAUAAUUCCAACAUCAGUAAGUGAGGAUGUGUGUUUGGAAAUACAACUUUGAAAAGGCAAGGUACAUGCUAUAUGCAUCAGUAUGAACAAAGAUAGAGGCAAAUAAAAAAAAAGGAAAAACUGGGUAGAUUGCAAAAAUAACACACCUCCACCAAAAGUAAUAUUUUUGUGAACACAAAGUAUUUUUUAAAAAUACUUUCAUUGCUCUACUAUAUGCAAAAAAUGCCUACAAUAAUUGUCAUUGUUUUCACUGCAAAGCUAAAAAUUUAAGUAAGGAUGGACCACGUGUGGUAUCUGAACAGAUCAGCACAUUCAACCAUCUUAGCACACCUGUAGGACUGCAUUCCAAGCACUGUGGGACCACCUUCGCCUGAAGGACUGCAGCAGUUGAAGGCGAAGGCUCAGCACCACAUUCAAGUGCAAUUAGGGAUGGGCAAUGAAUGGUGUCCAGAUCCCAUAAAUAAAAAAAACUGCAGGUUUCCAACACCUAGGGAUUAUAUGUGCACUGUAAAACUCUACUUGAAAUGUAUUUAGCCUGAAGAAAACCUCUCAUCUUCCCCUUGCAUGUCAACAACUCUAUAAAAUUAAUGUGGUACAACUGAUACAAACAUCAAGGUUUUGCUAUUGUAAUGAGAACAAAAUGGGUCAUUUCAAUGUAAAACCAACAGUAGCUUCUGCAGUACACAUGCACAGUUAAACAUGGAAAUCCAAACAUUGCUGUCACUGACUCCUUGCUCCUCUACAGGAUACGCCUUUUUUUCUUAAGAUUACACUGGUUAAUGGUUGUAAAAGACAACUUCAGGUAUAUAUGAAUCACAUUAACAGCUCAGUUAUCCACUAUUUCACUAAUUGGCGUGCUCCGGUAACCAGCUCUUUAGAAAGUGGCAAUGACAAAACUGGGACAGCACUGAGGAAGUACCCCAGAUCACAGUAGGUUAGCUGGCAUUUUUGUUUAAGUGAUACCUGUCAAAUUCAGCAUGUGCAAGGUACCCAAGCUUUUAAAAACAGAAGAUACUGGAAAUACUCAAGUCAGGCUGCAUCCAUGGGAAGACAACAAGGAAUUAACAUUACAGGUUGAAGACCCUUCAACAGGACUGUCAGAAUGAAAAAAACAAAUUAGUUUCAAGUUGAAGAGAGGGUAAGUAGGCAGUUAGGGAAUCAUUGGGAUCACCUGGGCAUCCUUGGCCUCACCCUAUUAGAGGUAUUCUUUUUGUCCUAUCCACUUCUCUCUUCCCACCACCUUUGCAACUUAAAACAUUUUACCAUUUGCUAUUGAUGGACUUUUUAAAAUGUUUGUUAAAAAGGAUGCUUUUAAAUUCCUGUCUGUGAGAAUUCUUCAAUGCAAUUGGCAGCUUGCCAUGACAUCAUUGUUGCCAAGUUUUAGGAAUCUCCUUGGACUGCCUGAAAACAACAUCAAGAAAUUUAGGGUCCAAAGCAGAAAUGACAAGAUAUUUAAAUGAGCAGAUUUCUUCAAGACUGGUGCUUUGACUUUGAUUACCGUCAUACUGCUAUUGGCUGUAAAAUUAGGAUCAGUGCCACUUCUGAAUCAGAGGUUUAUGAAUUCGAAUUCUAUUUCUAUGUAAUAAUGACAGACAUUCUGGAUGAAUGAGGCAGCAUCUUGAGAGGUUCCAGUCACUGGAUGAGAAUUUAAUUGAAUGCCCUGUUCUAAUGAUUCAGAUGAGAAUUCAAAUGACAUUAGUAGAAGACAUGUAGGAACUCUCUCAGUAUUGUGGCCAACAUUCCUCCCUCACCAUCAACAGUAAAAUAAGGUACAUUUAUUGGUCAUUCUUCAUAUUGUAUUUUGUGAGAACUUCCUGUAAUCACAUCAACACAUUUCAAGCUAUUCCACUGUGUGAAGAUGUUUUCUCAACAGCUAAUAUCAAACUUCAGUACAGAAGUGGUACUGGAAUACUUUACCCACACAGUGAAUAUGGCUAAAAUCCACAACAAAACUGAAACCCAACUGAUACCGGAAUAAAUCAGAAACAUUCAACUACCGAUUGGAAAGAUUAGAAAUUACAAUAUCCAUAACUAAAACUCACAGGAGCUUAAGCAAAACAUACAAGUGUGACAAAUACCUAAUAAGGAUUGGUUUUAUGCCAAGUAUCACAAAAAUCCAGACCAUACUGCAAUUACAGUAGAACUCCAAUAAUCCUUUCUCCCAAUAUUCAGAAAUUCCGAUAGUUCAGCAUUGGUCCACUGGACUUCAGUUCCCACACUCCCUUUGACAAACUGGGGCCCUGGUUCCCACAGUCCCUUUAAACUCACUUGGUUGUGUUUCUUGAAGCUCGGUGGGGUUCUCUUUUCCACACUCCCUUUAAACUGACCAGAUUCAUUGGAAGAUUUAUAGCACUAAUAUGUAACAUUAAAUAAAAGUGAAUUAAAAAUCUUUUGGGGUAUUAAUCUGAAUAAAUUUCAAUAGUCCAUAAAAUCUGCUAGUCCACCACCACCACCAAAGUCCUGAGCGUUUUACUGUGCACAUUUUAGAAUCCUGGCAGGUUUAAUUUCACCAGUGGUGCAGUUUGGACCUUUUUUUUAUUCUCUAUGUAACCUAAUCAAAAUAUGACUUUUAAAAAGUUGGUGUCCAAUUCAUGCAUUUUAGUUUGAUACCAUAAAAACAAAUGCAAACAGGGAGAACCUGAAGCCAGUUGUGAUCCCCAGUUUCUCUUCUAGGUGAGAUCAUAAACUGGAGAUUGGGUGAAAGUUAGUCACGUGUGGGAAUAUUAAAGCUCCCUCUUUAAUAUCUGUUACUCAUUUUACAAUUCAUAUAUGCGGAUAGCUGAAUGCUGUUAAGCAUAAAGAAAUGUCAUGA